GAACAACGAACAACGAACAACGAACAACGAACAACGGACAGCGGACAACGGACAGCGGACAGGACAGCAGACAUCGGGCAAGAGUUCCUACUACUACUACUCCCCCCCCCAGCUCCUGCAAUCCAAUCCACGCCAGACCACUCUACUCUCGACUACCUCGACUACCCUCGACUACCCCAACUACCCUCGACUACCCUCGACUACCCUCGACUACUCCCAACUACUCCAACUCCAAACAAACCAUACGCCCGCAUCGACAAUUAGCUCCGCCGAUAUUUCACGAACCUGGCUUGACUGCACCUCACAUCCUCUUCACCCUUUAUACGCCCUUUCUGUCGCUGGUCGCCUACCCUUUUCUGUCGUCCCUACCUCCCUCCUUCCCUCCCUCCCUCCCUCCACUCCAUCUCCACUCCACUCCACCCCAAUCCCUCCCGAUCCUCAAUCUCGAUCCUCAAUCUCGAUCCUCAAUCUCGAUCCUGGUCCUCGAAUAAUUCACAACUCUGCCAACGACCUCCUUUCUCCUCCACAGGCACCCCCAUACUCUGUCUGCCCAGGGGGAAACUCCAAUUUGAUGGAGGGUCAGUCCAACAAGGGCCAAUCUCAACAUCAAUAUCAUUCUUCCCAGUGGUCAAGGCUUGUCCGGCGAAACACUCUGGCAAUCUCCGCUCCACCACCACCCAUCUCUCCUGCGACUCUGAUCCAGCCGUCUCCACAACUCUCGACAACAAUCGAAACUUUCCCCGACCUUCUCCCACAACAGACGUCGUCGUACCAGGCACAGCUUGCACAAUACAACAAGCUCAUCACGUCUGGCCGUGCCACGAGGGUGCAAUCCUCACCUCUGCCCCCACUGCUGUCCACACAGCACAUCCAGGCCGUGCCGCGUUCCGGCACGUCUGGCUACGAAAACAGGCAACGAAGACGAAGCACCUCGAGACUCGGUCAUGCGAAUAAGAAACCAAGUACUACUGGAAACGGCGACCGCCCGCUCAUAGCAGAACAAACCCUCGCCACCAUGGGUCCCAAGAAAGCAGACGCCCUGAAGCAGCACCUGUCGAGAUCGCAGCCCCAACACCGGCACUCGACACUCACGCAGCAGUCGAGCUCUGUGCCUACGACGCCGCACCAGCGCGCCCGGAAAUUCUCGACAGCCUCGAGAGAACCCUCUCCGAUCCCAGCACCGAGCCACUCCCCACGAUCUGCUUACUCGGAGACGAGUUCUGCAUUCCCGACAUACCGAUCGCUGCCCUCGAAAUGGGUUCGAUGCACGCACGAGACGGGGAUGGCACACUCGAGGAGGCGAAUGCCCUACAGCCUUGGUAGCGAGGGGUUGGAUCAGCCGAAGCAGUCGAGUAUAAAGGCGAAACUGUCACCAGAUGAAGAUAAGAAGCUUACGGCGGACAUGGAGAAGCUGUAUGCCGAGCUGCUGCCCACGGACGAGAGUGAGGCGAAGAGGCAACGAUUUGUACAAAAAUUGGAACAUCUGCUGAAUACCGAGUGGCCGGGCCACGAUAUAAAAGUUCAUGUCUUUGGGUCAUCGGGCAAUCUUCUUUGCACCGAUGAAUCUGACGUUGACAUCUGCAUUACAACCGAGUGGAAGGAGCUCGAACGAGUCUGCAUGCUCGCUGAUUUACUGUACCGAAAUGGAAUGACGAAAGUCAACUGCGUCUCGACAGCAAAGGUGCCAAUCGUGAAGAUCUGGGACCCGGAACUCGGCCUCGCAUGCGACAUGAACGUAAACAACACAUUGGCGUUGGAAAAUACGCGAAUGAUCAAGACCUACGUACAGGUAGACCCUCGGGUGCGGCCUCUUGCGAUGAUUAUAAAACACUGGACGAAGAGGAGGAUACUUAAUGAUGCGGCCUAUGGUGGUACCCUCAGCUCGUAUACAUGGAUAUGCAUGAUCAUCAACUUCCUCCAACUACAAGAUCCGCCUGUCCUUCCUGUUCUUCAUGAACGACAGCACCAGCGAUUGCCCCAGGCCGAUGGGCACGAAAGCGCAUUUGCCGACGACGUGGAGGCAUUGCAAGAAUGCGGCAAAUCCAGCAAGCAAAGCCUAGGGGAGCUCCUGUUCCGGUUUUUUCGAUUCUAUGCUCACGAGCUUGACUACGACAAGCACGUUCUUUCCGUCAGAAAUGGGAAGCUAAUAUCAAAACAAGAGAAGGGCUGGAACUUGGCAAAUAACAACAGGUUAUGUGUCGAGGAGCCGUUCAACGUCGGGCGCAAUCUGGGGAACACGGCUGAUGACUUCACAUUCCGAGGCCUACAUUUGGAGUUACGACGAGCCUUCGAUCUGAUUGCGGAGACGAAACUGAAUGAGUGCUGUGAGCAAUACGUGUUCCCCAAGGAGGAAGAGAAAGUAUGGGAGAAGCCGACUGCUUCUCGCCCAGUUGUUGUGCGGAGUGUGUCUCAGUCCAGAGGUGGUGGCCGUGGCGGGGGUAAUGGCGGACGUGGUCGAAACACCAACCACAACAGGAAUAACCAAGGGGGCCGUCGGGCUUCAAGUGCUACGUAUGAUGGUAACAACGGCUAUCCUCUGUUAGCCACACCCCAAGGAAUGUCGCCCAGCGAAACAUGGAUUCAGAAUCAACAAGCCCAGCUGCAGCUUCAUGAGUUAUACAUGACUUUGGAGGCACAAAAGGACAACCUUCUCAGGCUCCAGCUGUACAGCCAAGAACAAAACUAUGCGCAGGGACAACAGCGCAUGGAGGCGUUUGCUCAAACGCAUAGGUUACAGCCGAACGCUCCGGUUACAUCGCAGCAAGCCGCCGACAGGAAUCGGGGGAUGUCGUUCGACAACCCCCCGUUAGCUGUACCACUGUACUACUAUCCCUCUGUCUCGUUCCAGUACCCCGCCGGGUUUGGACCACAGCCAGGCCCAACAUACCCCUUAUCCCCCGCAAUCCCAUCUGCUGUGCCAGAAUUGCGACGCAGUCUGCACAGGUCAAGUGUGACCAGCGGAUCGGGCCCCGGUGGUUCGGUGUCGAAUAGCUCAGCCAGGUCUCACUCUACGCCUGCUGCUCGCACAACGUUGUCACCCAUGCUCACGCAGUAUGAGAUGGAAGGACAGCAAUCGUAUUCACCGUUGCAUCCUGGUGACAUAACAUCUCAUCCCCCCAAUGCGAAUGAGAACGGCAGACCCGGGUUCGACACCGACUCGGUGGUUAGCCGAGCGGAUUCGCUGCCAGCUGUUGGAUUUGAAAAGGACUACAGGGGCUAUGGAUUGAACGGGUCGAUAAUUUACCAGAACCCCAUAGAGUCCAAUUUCCAGUCCACAAUUUCCGCGUCACCGGGCCACCGCAGGCUCUCCACAGAGCAGUUCCCGCAAGCUAUCCUCGAGCGCUUGCGCCGUACUUCAAGGUCACCAUCUCCACUUGGGCGGGAUCGCGGUUACACUACGGGGGCGAGACCCAUACCUGCCGUGUAUGGAGGGGGAGGGGUUCCCCAUGCCAUAUCGAAUACCAAUGUCCGGAGUCUGAAUGAGCUAUCACCUCUAGUCGUGAAUGGAUCCUUCUCGAUACCUCACUCCCGCGCAUCGGGGGCACCGUCAUCUGCCAGUGGAAGCUCUUCGGAGGAUCAAUAUCAUGAUGCAGUAGGUGCUUCUGUAGAUUCGUUUUAUCUGACACCUCAAGACGCAGAUGGUAGGAAUCUACAGCCCUCGCAGAAUUCGGGACUCGGAGUGUCGCUGCCACCUAGAAAUAGGUCCGAGAGAGAUCCAUCGCCGCCUUCUUGGCAGAGGCAAAGACCUGCCGUGGAGACAUAUCUCGGGCCACCGUCGACUUCUAACUUUGCGCCAUCUUCAGCCCAAAGCUACAGCCACGCAACCCAGACCGGUGCUCUAUCCCCGGGCACGUCAACACCUGCUCAAACCUCCUCGCCGAAUGUCCGCAACCGACCAUCCCGGCCCCAAGGCACGGGAAUGUCGCCACUGGAUUUAGGCCCGCAGGACGCUCUGCGUGACGUCCCGCAUCUCUCGCCCGUUUUCGAGAAGCGCUCUCCCUCGCCGACCGCGAGCCGCAAAGCCGAUUCUUCUGCGUUUGCGCCGCCGCCGUCAACACUGCGCGAGAGCGCGGUGUUGAGGAGUGCGGGGCGCAACCCGUCGCCCCUCGCAAAUGGUAAUAAAGGGGUUGGGAUGCCAAAUGGCCAUACGCGCGGUGCGAAGAGCGAGGGCGACGGGGUGGGCAUGUGGCAGCAGAUACAGAAGGGGAAGCGGAGAGGGCAGGACGGGACGGGAAGGGGCGGCAAUGCAGAGGCGGAGGAGCCGCCGAGAUUCGAGGCCGAUAGGAAAGGGGGGUAGUUUUAUAGACGUGCUGUUUGUUGGAAUGCGAUGUAUAUGGGCUUCUCUGGAUAUCAUGGGACGGACCCGGACUGCCUGCUGAGGGUUUUCCAGAUGCGGAAGGAAUAGGGUGUGGGACUAUGCGAGACCCCCGCGUCGCUUUGUGUGAGUAGGAAAAUCGGGCCCCCGCCCGCCCGCGCCCACGAGCUGCGCGGUUGGGUGGUGGUAGUGGGAAUGGGAAAUGGGAAACACCCCCACCUUUGUACUAGAAUUAGAAUUGGGAAAAGAUAAACGGGCGCGUUAUAGGGAAAUAGGGGCGGAGGGGGGGGAGGUUUUCGGUAGCGGCGCCUCCGAUGCAGCGAAACCCCUCGGUUUUUUUAGUACAGCAUAUGAGAGAAAAACAGGAAAUGAAUUCGCACCCCCAAAAAAGCCCGUCAGAAACCAGAGAUCAGAACAGAACAGGGGAGAGGGGAGAGGGGAGAGGUAUUACAGGAC